AUGGAAAAUAUUCAAAUUAAAAAUUUUAUAUAUGAUAUUGCAACUGGUUAUAUAAAAUCAUACUCAUUAAAAGUUAUUUUAGAAUUAGAAAUUCCAAAUAAAUUAAAAAAUGAAUGUAAUGGAUAUAAUGAGCAUGGAUUAUAUGUUUUAUUGAGAACAUUAUCUACUAUGGGUAUUUUUAAAGAAGAUGAAGAAAUUGAUAGACUAUUUUCAAAUACUGAAAUUUCUGAAACAUUAAUUAAUGAUACAGAUAAGUAUCCAUGGGUAAAUGAUUCAUAUUUUCAAGUUACAUUAUUACCAUAUUUUAAACAUAUUGAAGAAAGUCUUAAAACUGGAAAAGCAAUGGGCACUUUUAAUAGUGGUUAUAAUGAUGGUUUUGAUUUCAUUGAUAAAGAAAAAAAUCUUAAAAAAUAUUUUCACAAUACAUUGACUGAAUACACUAGAACUCAAAUUGAUUCAAUUUUAGAAAUUGUUGAUUUUAGUAAUUUUAAAACAAUUGUUGAUUUGGGUGGUUCUCAAGGUGAAUCUAUUAAGAAAAUAUUGGAUAAAUAUCAUUUAAACAAUUCAAUCAUUGAAAAAGGUAUUAAUUAUGAUUUAAAAGAAGUAAUUGAAAAUAAUGAAAAAAAUUAUAAAGAUAAUCGUUAUUUUGAAAUAAUGGGUAACUUUUUCACUGAUGAAACAUUUCCAAUUGGCAAUUGUUAUUUAGUUAAAUAUAUAUUCCAUAUGUUUAGCGAUAAUCAAGUAUUAGAAAUUUUAAAUAAAAUUUAUAAAUCAAUUAAAUCUUCAUAUCAAAAUGAAGUUUGUAUUUAUAUAUUUGAUCAUAUAAUUUAUAAAAAUAAAAAAUCAAUUCCAAUUUCAAUUGAAUAUCAUACAAUUAAUAUUUUAAAUGGUGGUAAAGAAAGAACUUUAAAUGAAUGGAAUAAUUUAAUUAAAUUAUCAAAUUUUAAAAUUGAUAAAGUUUCAAGUUUACCAAACAUUCUUUGUUCAUUUAUUAAACUUUCAUUAAAUUAA